AAACAAACAUAAAAGGGAAACUGCAAAUAUUUACCGACAAACAAGUACAAAGUCGCUCGACAUCAGCGGCAAGAUCACGAGCUCGCGCAGCUCGCACCCGAAACGUCCAGGAGCGAGCGUCAUGCGCGCUCCCGCCGUCGGGUCGAGGACGCAGCAGCUCCACUGGCAGCGGGCUGAAGACUGAGGACCGAGGACAGGCCCCGAUCGUUCAUUUUGUUCAGGCGGACCUCCGACCGGCACGGAUUACAAACGUGAGAGAUCAUAUGUGUGUGGAAACGAGCACACGAUGGUUCGGGAAACCAGACACCUCUGGGUGGGGAAUUUACCCGAACACGUUCGAGAGGAGAAGAUUGUGGAGCAUUUCAAGCGGUAUGGCCGCGUGGAGAGUGUAAAAGUCCUGCGAAAGCGAGGUUCAGAGGGGGGUGUUGCAGCCUUUGUGGAUUUUGUGGAUAUUAAAAGUGCACAGAAGGCUCACAAUGCUGUCAACAAAAUGGGAGACAGAGACCUUCGGACUGACUACAACGAACCCGGGUCAGUCCCCAGUGCUGUUCGAGGCCUUGAAGACAGCUCCCCCUCGAGCAGUCGAGAAGUAGCGGGAUUCUCUAGGGGAACAGUUGGUCCAGUGUUUGGCCCUCCUGUGUCCCUUCACACCAGAGAGGGACGUUAUGAACGGAGAAUAGAUGGUAGUUCCGAAAGUCGUGAGCGUGCAUACGAUCACAGCCCAUAUGGACAUCAUGACCGCAGUGGCACUUUUGACAGACAGCGUCACUACAAUGCUGAUUAUUACAGAGACCGCUCUGUGUUUGCUGCAGCUGGCCCCGGUAGCAGUGCUAUUGGGGCGAGCUUCGACGCUUCAGACCCACAUUUUGACUCUCGAAUCAGAGACCCUUUCACUCUCACGAACUCCACACGACGGGACCUGUACAGAGACGACAGAGGACGGCGUGUUGAUAGAACUUAUCAUCACCGUCGGAGCCGAUCAUCUCAUUCCUCACAGUCAAGACACCCUUCUCCGCAACGGACCACGGGGCAAACCCCUAAAACUCCUCAUUCCCCAAAAAGAGCCCCAUUGUCACCUGGCAGAGGCCCAAGAUCUCGAUCUCACAGCAGGUCGUCGAGCUCGGAUUCUGUCAGCAGCACCAGCAGUACAGGCAGUGGCAGCGAUUCAAACAGCAGCUCCAGUGAUGGAUCUCGAGCUCGUUCGGUUCAGUCAUCGGCUGCACACGUGCCUCCACAGUCCUCCAUGGUGCUUGACUCUGAAGAGCCACGUAGAAGUUUCGGAAUUAAGGUGCAGAACCUGCCGGUGCGCUCUACAGACACAAGUUUAAAGGAUGGACUCUUCCAUGAAUUCAAGAAGCAUGGAAAAGUUACUUCAGUACAGAUUCAUGGAGCAUCUGAAGACCGUUACGGUUUAGUAUUCUUCAGACAACAAGAAGAUCAAGAGAAAGCCCUGAAUGUCUCCAAAGGGAAGCUCUUUUUCGGCAUGCUUAUCGAAGUGACUGCUUGGAACGGUCCUGAAACUGAGAGUGAAAACGAGUUCAGACCCUUGGAUGGUCGAAUUGAUGAGUUUCACCCAAAGGCAACAAGGACACUGUUUAUAGGGAACCUUGAAAAGACCACCAGUUAUCAACAGCUCCUGGAUAUUUUUCAGCGCUUUGGAGAAAUUGUGGACAUUGACAUCAAGAAAAUCAAUGGAAUUCCCCAGUAUGCUUUUGUUCAGUAUUCUGACAUUGCUAGCGUUUGCAAGGCCAUUAAGAAGAUGGACGGAGAGUAUCUGGGGAGUAACAGACUAAAGCUUGGGUUUGGAAAGAGUAUGCCCACGACCUGUGUCUGGCUAGACGGGUUAGCAACCAAUAUUACAGAGCAAUACCUCACUCGGCACUUCUGCCGCUAUGGACAUGUAGUUAAGGUUGUGUUUGAUAGAUUGAAAGGGAUGGCCCUCAUUCUGUACAACAACACAGAUUUUGCUCAAGCAGCUGUAAGAGAGACGAAAGGCUGGAAGAUUGGUGGUAACAAAAUAAAGGUGGAUUUUGCAAGUCAAGAGAGCCAGAUGGCAUUCUACCGAUCUAUGCAGGCAUCUGGUCAAGAUAUUAGGGACUUCUAUGAAAUGCCUCCUGAACGAAGAGAGGAUCGCAGACCUCCAUAUCAUGAGUUUCCAGCGGAAAGGGCUUACUAUGAGAAUAUACGAACCCCUGGCCUUUAUCCAGAGGAUGCUCGAAGAGACUAUGCUGCACGCAGCAGAGAACGCUUUCCUGAAUUGGAGCAUUAUCAAGGCGAGCACUUCGACCCACGUUACCAUGAAGACCCAAGAGAUUACAGGGAUUACAGAGACCCCUUUGAGCAAGACAUUCGGAAGUACACAUACAUUCAAAGAGAGAGAGAACGAGAGCGAGAGCGUUUCGAGGCUGAUCGUAACAGAUGGAGCCCUUCUCACCCACGGCGCCCUGUUACUCCAGCAGUUUCACCUUCACCAUCUGAGCGGGCUCCCAGAGACUCUGAACGUCGGGUUUACAGCCAGUCUUCUGAAAGGAGUGGUAGCGUUAGCUCCGUUUCGCCAACACAUUUUGACAAAGCUGAUAAGACCCUGCCAGAACAUGCCUCAAAGAGUGAUAAAAGCAAUCAACCGGAUCGUUUGGCAGGGGCUGAAAAAAUUAAACGUGCCAAACGAAAAGAGAAAGGUGACAAAGACAAACCUGAGAAGCUUAAGUCAAGGAAAGCAAAAGGGCAGUCACCAUCCAACCCGCUGCCUGAAGGUGAGCUUGAGACUGGUUUCGAUGGUGGUUCAGGAAGAGGAAGGGGAUCAGACCAAGAUGCACUUGAGAAACAGAAAUGUAAGGGAGAUAAUGACACCCUUCCUGGGACUGUAUCGUCAGCUGCACAUCUGGAGUCUGUCAAAGGUGAAAGGUCUGAAAUUGGUAAAGGCGAUAAUUCAGACCUGGACGCCAGAACUCGAAUAAAGAAACAGCCUAAAUCUGAUUCUGGAACUGAUGGGAAAGAUUCUUCAGUUGAUUCAGAUCGGCUUGCUGCAAGAAAGAGGCGCUUUGCUGAUUCUGGUGGUGGGACUGUCCGACAGAAGAGAAGCAGACAUAGAGAUGAGGACGGGACUCAGUCCUCAGACUUAUGUGCUACUGGCAUGUAUUUGAAAGACUCAGAUACUGACAAACCCAAAGAUUCUCAACAGAGAGAAUCAAGACUGAAAUCGGAAAAAAGUGGUGCUCAGAAGGAUGGUCAAGAAGAUGUUCGAGGACGAGAUAAGUCAGAUGGAUCUUUGGACCCACUGGAGCCCAAGCGACAUCCAGAACAUGUUUCAUCGAGAAGAUUUUCCCAGGAGGGUCUUGCAGAGCAGAACAGCACCCGAGAGCAAGAUCAUGCUGUUUUCAAGUUUAGUCAGAAUUCUGAACCUAGCAAAAGUUCCAAGACUAAGGAAGACCAUGUUGAUAUAGAUCUUUCUCAGAGUUACCGUAAGCAGAUGGAACAAAAUAGACGUUUGCACCAACAACAGCAGCAGCGUGAAUCUGACAAACCUGAAAAACCAGGAAGUCCUCAUGGAAGUGAAACGGAGGACUUGGAACAUCGCAGUCUUGUACAUGAGGUUGGAAAGCCACCUGAAGAUGUCACAGAUAAUUUUCCAUCUCACAAAUUGAAGAAACAAGACCAGUUCGAUGCUGAGUCAGUAACAAAGAGAGAACGUGUCUACAGAAGCUUCAGACACAAAAGUGAAGAUCCUGACUGGAAUAACAGCUCUUCUCCAGGACGUCAGCUCUUCUCUCACCACAGAGAUGAAGACUUUGUGGAUGCUCCUCAGAAAGAGCUUAAAAGAAGCGAGGAAAAAAAUUACCCAGAUUUGGAUUUGUUGGUCAAAAAGACACCAAACACUCAGGUAAACAAAAACAUUUCUUUACUUGGCAUGGAAGAAGAGCAGCAAAAGAGAUUGGAGGGCAGAGUUAAACAAGAUUUGUUACCCAAUAUAAACUUCUCAAGAAGUUUAAGUAAAAACAUUCACAACAGAAAGCGAUUAGAAUAUGGUGUUUGGCCAGACUUAGAGCCAGGUGAAGUUCGAUCAGACUCUGAAGAAGACAGAGAUACCAAACCUCAUUCUCCUGUGCCCUCUACAUCUAUGCCCUUUUCUCAGAGGCAAAGGGCUGACAGGUUUUCAGACCCCAAACUAGCACAUCUCGAAAGGAACAAGUUCUAUUCUUUUGCCCUUGAUCAAACAAUUACUCCAGAUACAAAGGCCCUACUUGAGCGUGCAAAAUCCCUCUCAUCUUCCAGAGAAGACAACUGGUCAUUUUUAGAUUAUGAUACUCAUUUCGCGAGUUUUCGUAACAGAAAGGACACUGAGAAAGUGGAAGCAACACCAAGGCCUACACCUCCCUGGUACAUGAAAAAGAAGAAGAUCCGAAGUGGAUCAGAAGAUAAACUUGAUGACAGGAAGGAGGAGCCAAAGCCAGAAGAACAAGAACGCAGGGAAUUGUUUGCCUCCCGCUUUCUUCACAGUCCUGUCUUUGAGCUAGACUCCAGACGACUUCAACAUCUGGAACGCAGACAUGAAGAACCUGAGCAAGUCCAGCAGCCCGGUCAGCAAGGGACAGUUGAUGGUGAACCUGAUUCUGGGCCAGUUGUUCUUUUUUAUAGUCGCUUUUUAGAGCUGACAAAACAACAAGAACAAAAGAAUAAAACUCAACAGAUACAGGAAGGUAAAGAUGUGAUUCUCACAAAUGAGAUUAAAGUAGAAAAACCACCAGUUCAAGAGCAGCAAACUGAGCCAUCACCAGAAACUUUUGAAUCUGUUGAGCCAGAAAUUAAACCCAUCAGUCCAGCUGAAGAACUGAUCCCUGAACCUCAACUUCCACCUGCCUCUACACCCCAAUCUAUCAAGGACAGUCCUCCAUCUGAAGAAAAAUUUGCUGUGCCAAAUUCAGUCCCUGAUAUUAAUUCCCCUGUGUCAAUCACAAAGGAAGAAGUAAAAGAAGAGGUGAGAGAAACUGAAUGUUUGCCUGUUCAGCCAUCACCAACUGAAACAAAUUCUGAACAUGCACCUGUUGCCAUGUCUGAACCCAACUGCUUGGAGAAUCAAGGCAAACUUUCUCCUCUUUUUGAAGAGAAAACAGAUGUGGUCACUGAGGAUCUUAAGCCCCCAGUCUCAGAACAACUAUGUUGUCCCAGUUUUAAUGAAGAGUUUAUUAGUAGUUCUGAACCAGAGCUGGAUCCUGAGACAACACAACCAGAAGUACCUGAAGCUGAGAGUCCAGCACCUCCUAGUUUAGAUGAGCAGGAUGUUGUCAAGAAAGAGUCUCCUGCUUGUAAAGAAGAAGAAGAGCCUGAAGAAGAAAAGAAACCUGAAAUGGAUACAGUGCAGAUGCCUGUUGAUAGUGACACAAAUGAAGAGCCAGUGUCACCUCAAAAAGAGAAUAAACCAAAAGAAAUGAAACUUAAGAAAGGCAAGCAGUCACCUGCUCAAGUUACUUCAGUUCCCAUCAUGUUGACUCCCGUUUCUGAGAAACAUCCUACACGCAAGAGUGAGCGCAUUGACAAAGAGAAACUGAAACGUGGUUCAUCCCCAAGAGCAGAACGGAAAUCUGCUGGAAAAUCUCCCAUACAUGGAUCAGAUCCUGAUACAUCAGAUCAGAGCCGAUCAAUUACUAGAGCAAGAAGAAGGAAUGUUAAAUCUGUAUAUGCCAUCUUACCUGAAGAUGAUGCACCAGUGUGUUCUGGCAAGGAAAUUUCAGAGUCGCCACGCUCUGCACGAAAGCGAGGUACUGACAAAGAAGUCACACAACAAAAUACUGAAAUAGAUCCACCAGCUCCAGCCCCCGUUAAACGUGGACGUCCUCCUAAACAUCGCAGACAAGUUGAUGUGAAUUCAACUGCUAAGGUAGAAAAAGCUAAAAUAGACAAAGAUGCUGAUUCAAAUGAAUCUGAAAGUGGUGAACGAGCCCCAAGAACAUCUAAAGGCAAAGCAUCCCCUCAUGUCGCAAAGAGUUCAGCAAAUCAGAUGUCUGCAGCCCAAGGAUCUGGAUCAACAAAGAAGGUGGACAAAACUCAGGCAGCUGAUGAUCAUGAGAUGGAUUUCACAGAUGAAGAUACCUUGACUUUGCAAGACUCAUCAAAUCCAUAUAAAGAUGAUUCAUUAAAAACUGAGCAAAAGAAAGAGAUAAAAGAUGAGCAAGACUCAGAACUGGAAAAAGAUAAAGAGAGUAGCCCUCUUGAAAAUGUUAGUGAGGCUAAAGCCAAUGGCAAAGAGACUGAUUCUGUUUUAAAAGAGAAACCCACUGACAAGGCUGUGAGAGGAAAAUCCAAAUCGCAAAAGUCGAAGUCUCCUGUCCUCAAGAACCUCAAAAUCAGACUCAAUGUAACGGAGGUCAAAGAUCUUCUUCAGUUAGGAGAGGAAGAGCCUGUGAGUCAAGAAGACUCAUCAAAAAAGCUAAAGCCGAUUGACCAUGAUGAUCUUAAAGAGGAAAAGGAAAAUGCUACUUUGGAGAAAACCAUAGAAACCUCAAAGAGCUCAAGAUCACAGGAGCUAGAAUUGGAACAGGCUGUAGAGAACAUUGCAAAACUCACAGAUCCGACGUUUCCAACAGAGCCGCCAACAUCACCUGUCCCACCAGCAGAGGUAAAAAGUGAUCCUGAGGAGGAAAAACCUUCUAAUCCUGCUAGUGAGACAGAGCUCAUGGCUGCUAUAUGCUCAAUAACUCCAGAGGAUACAAAUGCAUCUUUAACCCAAGCGCCUCCAGUAAGUGCAGAUGUAGGUUCAGAAUCUGAGAUCCAAGACUUGAUUCAGCCCGUCAAAGAUGAACCUGAUACUCCAUCUACUUUGCAGGAUGAGCUUAGUCUCCCAAACACACCCAUAAAACCCCCCAGAAAGCAAAAACCAUCUAAACGCCUUAAAGGCCAAAAGCAGGUGAAAAAGGAUUUGAAGGAAGAACCUGCAAUAACAGAGGAACCGACAAAGCCUUCAGCAGAAAGCAAAGCAUCUAAUGUGAAGGAUGUUUCUGAAGCACCCUUAUCAGCAGCAGCAACAGCAGCAGUUAUUACCACAACGACAUGGAAGCCAGAACCUGAACUAUUGGAUGUCACAGCAACAGAUGUGAAAACAGAGUCUGCAUUGUCUUCUGAGGAACAACCUCAGAAAUCUGUUUACCCUCCGGCCAAAAAUCGACCUGGCUCACAACAGCCGAUUCCACAGGAUUGUGUCUCCUCUUCACUUCCAUCACUAACCAACAGACCAAAUAUCAGAUUAAUUACAAGCAAUAUCCCUGCCUCGCCAACAGAUUGGCAACUCCAUCCUAAAGAUGCAAGUGUUUCCUUUUCGCCAGUUGUACCAGUAGGGGCCAAGGAAAACCAGCCAUUAUCGACUGACGUGGAAAACACCAAUGCUGAUCAUGGAACAAGCGACUUGAGACAGAUUCUCAUGCAACACAAAACUGUUCCUCUGCCGGGCAGUACGCCCAUUCCCACUACUUUGCCCAACCUUCGAGAUUACAACCCAUCUGAAAGUAAUUGUCAACUCUCAGUUCUUGUGUCAAAUAAGACACCACUUCCUGAUAGCAAAACACAGGUCCAUCCUGUCCCACCAAUUGUUAGACCUCCAGCCUCCCUAACAUCUGCUGAGACGAAGUCUGUCAUCUCAGUGAUUUCAUCCACAGCGGCAUCUGUUAUUAGUCGUGUUUGCAACCCUUCUGAACCUGAGGACAAAGUGAACAUUAAUGUUGGAAAUCCUUGUGUGGAUGCUACCCAGCCUAAGCAAACUUUCAGGACCAUUAAAGAUGAUACUGGAUCAUAUCAUGGGCCAUCUCUGAGUGACGAUGGAGCAAGUUCCGCGUGUUUUGUUACUGGGUCUCUGCCUGGACUAAGAGUAAAUACACCUGAAGGAGUGGUGGUAUUGAGUCAUUCAGGUCAGAAAAAAGAGGGACCCCAGCGGAUUGUUGCAAAAUUGAGUCGAAUUCCUCAAGCAACAGCAGGUGACAUUGAAUCGCAGCAGUUGGUGUCCAUGUCGCAGAUUAAGCCGGACAUGUAUGGUCAUUCUCAGUCAGGACUUCAAAAAGGUCCUUCAACACAGUCAGAUCAUGGACAUCCUGGCAAACAGCAGUCAGCUCCAUCUAUCAAGCAAGAAAGUGCGAGUUUGGACAAGGUGGAAGCAAGUUACCUACCUGGACCUCAAGGAGUGGUGAAACGCAUUACACCGAGUAACCCGCAAGUAAUGAGUUACCAUCAAGAUUACAUGUCAUCAAAACAUCCAAAGAAAAUGGAUAAUGCAGAUUCUCAUGGUACAGAUGCGACGAAACCACCUUGGACACCUUCUGCUGUGAGUCCUGCAAUAAGCCCACAUCUGCCCUCCCCACCAGGAAACCAUGUAGGCUUUGUCACGGCACCUGGUGACAGAGGUCUCAGCGGGAUCAAACAGGAACCUCGUUCCCCACGGAAGUCAGGCCAUCCACACUCUCCAUUUACGAAAGGGUCCUCACCGAUAGGCUCCUCGUCACCUAAAGGCCUUCCAGUUAUGUUAUCAUCUGGCCUUCCUGCCAUGCAGCCGUUUAUCACUGGCGUACAUCAUCCAGAGCAGUCAGUCAUCAUGCCACCUCACAGCGUACCUGGAGGCUUGGGCCGGAUGUCUCCUCAUUGUGGAAGCCAGUCUAUUUCAAUGGGCCAUCUUGUCCAAGGAGAUGUUCGAGUCAACACUCCGACUUUGUCUGUGAUGAACUAUGGAAUGCAUAGUGAGAUGGAAAGCCUUCAGUCAGAUCCUCGGGGGACUGUUCAGUUACAAACCUAUAUAGCACCAGGUGACAGGCGUGUCCUCUUACACCCACAAGGUGAGCGUUCAGCUGCUGAUCCUCAUUCUGGACACAUUCAAGAAAAUCUCCCACCUUCUUCACCAAGACCACAUGUUAUGUCCAAACCUGUGUCUGAAAAGGAUAUAACAAAGUCAUUAGAGGCAAAGAGACCACACUCACCUCUGCCCAAAGAUGGAAUGAUGGGGAUCAGGCAGCCUGGGGGGGCCAUAGCAUCUCCUCAAAGAGUUCAACUAAUGCCACCAGGACCAAGUGCCUCAUUUCAAGAGUACCCAGGACUGUACUCAAACCCAAGAGGCAUUCAUUCUCAAAUGCCAGCGGUGUCCCCUGUUGGACUCAGCCAGCCUCCCGCUAUGGGUGCUGACCUCCGGGUGAAACCUGAUGGAAAGACGACGCAGACUGUUAAUAUGGUGCAGUUACUCACGAAAUACCCGAUAGUGUGGCAAGGCCUGCUGGCACUAAAAAAUGACACUGCUGCUGUCCAGUUGCAUUUUGUCUGCGGCAACAAAGCUUUGGCUCAUCGAUCACUGCCUUUACAAGAAGGAGGAGCUCUUCUCAGGAUUGUCCAGAGAAUGAGAUUAGAGGCUUCACAACUGGAGAGUGUAGCAAGAAGAAUGACAGGAGACACUGACUACUGUCUUCUUCUGGCGCUGCCUUGUGGACGAGAUCAAGAUGAUGUCCUAAAUCAAACUCAAGCCCUUAAGGCAGCAUUCAUCAACUACUUGCAGGCAAAGUUGGCUGCCGGUAUCAUCAAUAUCCCAAAUCCAGGUUCAAAUCAGCCUGCCUAUGUGCUCCAGAUUUUUCCGCCAUGUGAGUUUUCAGAGAGCCACUUAUCACAACUUGCACCCGACCUCCUCAACAGGAUCUCCAGCAUCUCGCCACACCUCAUGAUUGUCAUCACCUCUGUGUAACCUUCACUGGUGGGAGCUUUCCCCACAAUGGAUGUCCUGCAGAAGAGUCUCAGGAAGCCAGAGGAAUAUAAAAGAUUGGGGGUGCUUUUCUUUUCUGGACACAAUGGAAAUUUGUAGGAUUUACCCAAUCAACAAUUUUUAAUUAUUUUUGCAUCAGUCUUUUUUUUUUCUUUUGUCACUCCUGUCUGGUGUGUUUGUCCUUCUUGAAAGAACUCAGGGAUGGACCAAGCCAGCACGAGUCUUACUUGACCAUUUCUCUGCUGUAUUUCUAUUUAUUGGAGUUUUAUUUUAAUGUCCGGAUUUG